UUCGGUACGUCUGUAAAUAGCAGAGGAAAAAGAAGACGGCGGUUGUCCUCAGUCAACGAUUGAUAGAUGCGAAUGUUUUGAUGGAAUCCAGGGAGUUAUGAGCUCAGUUUAUGGGCGCAGGGAUACUUUAAAGUGACACAGUGUGUUAUUUUUAUUCAGUAGCAGCCAUUACAGUUGAAAUUAUUUCAUCCGGGUAAGAAACUGUGAGGAAAUAGAUAAUGGUGGCCUAGCUAACACUAGCUAGCUCCGUGUUUCUAGUUAAUCAGCUCAUCUCGGGGUCCCGAUUUAAAUGCUCCAUCUGCAGGUAUUUUUUCACUGCGACUGUUUGAGCAAAGAUAGCUGUACCUUUAAAACUGGGUUAGUCAUCAGGAAAUCAGUGUGUGGCUUCUCCAGACCAACUCAAGGAGACUUGUUCAUCCAUGUCCGCUAGUUCCUGCAGAGUACUAAUCCUCGGUAACCUCAGCAAACAUGUCUCUAGUCGCUUAUGGUAGCAGUGAUGAAAGUGACUCGGAGGAAACCUCGACCUCCAGCACAGCAAGUAGUAAACCAAGCGGAGGAGGGCUCUUCUCUUUCCUGCCUGCUCCUAAAGUAUCUGGAUCUGCAGCUAGAGGGAAGGAGGGAGCAUCCAGGGCAACAAACUCUGCAGCAGAGGACAGCACAGUGAGGGAGGACCCCAGUCCAUCUACAGGAGGGUUAUCCGGUCUUCCUAAACCGAAGAAACGAACAGAGCCUGUCAAGAUUACUGUGCCACAAGUCCGAAGACAGGAUUCAGACUCAGAUGAUGAUGAGCCGGCCACAAAGAAGCUACAAGCCCAGGGUGCAGGUUCAGGGUUGUCCUCCCUUCUCCCCAAACCCAAAAACCUAAUGGUAAAGGAAACGGACAGACCAUUGAUUCCUCACACACUCACUAAACGUCAAGAACACAAAGCGCCCAAACCUGGAGCUCCUGCUCAAGGUCUGAUCGGUUCCAGUGCGUCUCCCUCGGCCAUCAAAGCCGCAGCCAAGUCAGCAGCCCUGCAGGUGGCGAAACAAAUAGCAACAGAUGACCAGGACAAUGAGGAGGACAUAACCCCUCAGAACUACUUUUCCCUGGAGGACAGCUCCCAUCCUCUUCCUGUUGUCGACACGAGUGUGGAUCUUGAGCCGACAGUCCCCACUGAACCCUUUCCUUCUGUGGCUGCAGAUGAGCCAGGACAGUCAAAUGCACCUCUGGACUUUGGGGGGAACCAUGAGGGAGCGAGUGCAUGGGAAGAGCAGUAUAAUCAGUAUCAACAACCCAUGGCUGGCCCAGAGGCUUUCCCGGAGGGAUACUAUAACGAGCAACCAUACUACCAGGAUCCUAACCCCGAGUUAGCAGAGGCCGAGGAGCCUGACAACUCAGCCAUGUUUGAUGAUGAAGCGUUUAUGCGGCUGCAGGGGAAAAGAAACCGAGGCAAGGAGGAGGUGAAGUUCCUGGAGAUUAAAGGGGACGACCAGCUGAGUGGGAACCAGCAGUGGAUGACCAAGAGCAUUUCGGAGGAAAAACAAACCCGCCAGUCGUACAGCAAGCGAAGAGGAGAACAACCUACAGGACAACAGAGGCGAAAGCAUCAGAUAACAUAUCUCAUUCACCAGGCAAAGGAACGUGAGCUGGAGCUGAAGAACAGCUGGGCAGAAAACAGGCUGACCCGCCGUCAGACCCAGGCCAAAUAUGGUUUCUAGAUCUUGUAGCUGUGGACUGCUGUGGCAUACCGAUACAUUGUAUCACAAAUUACUGAUCUUUCGCUUUACCCACUUCUUCUAGGAGCAAAAUCAGUUUUUUUCCCUUCCUGCUCCUGCAACCUGCAAAGUCUUGAACUGAUAAUAUUCUGUUUGAUAAGGUGUUAACUCUGUCUGAAUCCCAGUCACUCCUUUACAGUAAAUAUAAGCGCUAUUCCUAAAGAGAAACCCAACCAGUGUUUUCAAGAUACCAGAAUCAUAAAUGUUUUUCUUUUGGACGUGUAUAAAACAUUCAUGGCAUUUUCUGAGUUUUGAUUUCUUGUUUUUGUGGCAGCAUGUUUGGUUCUGUAGGAAUCCUUUCCCAUAUUUUUCGUAGUUAUGAUCUUAAGUUAGAAAGCUGCAAUGUAAAUUAUUCACGGAAUCAAUAAAACAUAAAUGAUGCUAUAAUGACGAGUCAGCAGAGAACCAACCAGGGGUUUGAAUUUUAUCAUUUUCUUCACUGCAAUAAAAUUAAAUGGUAGCAUGAUUUUUCACUGCUGCUGAAUAAUUUCCCAUAAGGCACUGCUUAUUUUUUUUCAAAAGGAGCUGCAAACAUCUCAAGUUGCUUUAUUUUGCUGGGAGUGUUAGAAAUCUGUAACACUUCUUUUCUUUACUGCUCUAUAUUCUGCUCGACUUUCUUCUGUAGGCUUCAGUUGUUUUGGGCUCAAUCUGAACCAUUAUAAAUGCAGGAACGUUUGUUGGGAGAAAAUCAGAUGAACUAAAGUCGCCCAUUCUGUCUAGCUUCGUUCUACUUUUCCUGAUGGACACUGUGGCAUUGUUUCUUCCUCCAGUCUUUACAUUUUAUGUGAAUGACGAGCAGUUUUGUAUAUAACCCAACAUUUUCCCCUGAAAGGCCAGAUAAACCAUAUAAUGUACUGGUUCUUGCCAGUAGGAUAAUGUUUCUUAACAAGAUACAAGUAGGAUUUCUUCAAAGACCUGUAUAUGUGAACUGAUCCAACUCAACUCAUUGUGUUGAACACAUAAAUAUGUUGUAUUGGCAGUCAAAGGGUGCAUUUAUAGCCAGGAAUUUAAAGUUACAGAAGUAAAAAUAUGUAUAUAUAUAUAUAUGUUUUCAUGUGAAGCAGGAUUACAUUUAAUUUUUUUAAUUUGCAUUUCAAAAUUUCAAGUUGAUAUUUCACACCUCCCUUUUUUGUUUACUUUGUAUGAGUGUGUCAUUAAAAUCCAAUAAACUAGUUUUGAAUUUUU